UACACAACACCGGAAACAGACGGCUGGUGUUACACAGAACUCCGUCCCCCUUCUGUGUCGCCGGUUGAACAUGGCCACUGCUGUGUGUGCUAGAUUGCUCCUUCAGAGAUCAACACACGGGUUUCUCUUUUCCUCCAGGGCAGGACCCGCUCUCUCAAGCCCCUUUCUGUCUCGUGCACACAGAUUGGGUCCCAGCGAUGAUGAGAUGUACCAGCGUACCUCUGUGUCCGUCAUGCAGAAGGAGCCGGGCAGCGGGGCCAUGAUCUACAGCUACAGCGCCAGAGGAUUCAACAUCGACGGAAACAAAGUGUUGGGGCCCUGUGCUUUGCUGCCUCCUGCGAUCCUGCAGUGGAAUAUUGGCACUCAUAAAGACAUCACAGAAGAAAGCGUCUCACUUUUCCACAUGCUUGAACCAAGAAUAGAGAUUCUUGUGCUGGGCACAGGUUCACGGACUGAACGAAUUGACCCCUCAGUCCUCGCUCUACUCAAGCGUAAAGGCAUCGCUGUGGAGGUGCAAGACACGGCAAAUGCAUGUGCAACCUUCAACUUCCUGAUCAGUGAGAACAGAGUGGUCGCUGCAGGUCUGAUCCCGCCUCCUGUCAGCACGGCGCUGUCACUCAAACAGGAAUAAGAGUUGCUGCUGUGUCAACAGAAACAAGGACUGAUUUGUGCAGAUGGAGUUUAGAGGUGUCGGAUUGACCCAAGGUCUACGGGAGGGUUAUUCUUCUUCUGCACAAUGCUUCCAAAGGAACAAAUUCAGUGACGUCCAGCUCUAAAGAAACACUUUAUUUAGUAACAACUAUUCUUUAUUAGAUAAACGCGAUAAAUUCAGCCUCGUCACCCAGUCAUCUGAGCAGUGAGCUGUCUCAGAAAAACUGUAAAGAAGUAUAAACAGAAACAAACAAUAACCUGUUAUGAUUUACAUGUGUUUUUUGUGGGAUAUGGAAUAUUUAUUUUUGUAAAGACACCUGGAAGAGUAGCUAUUUUCUGGGGUUGCAACCAACAACUAUUUUCAUUAUUGAUUAAUUUGCUGGUUAUGCUCUCAAUUCAUUGUUUGGUUUAUAAAAUGACAGAAAAAAUUCCAUCUCAGUUUCUCACUGGUGAUGUUUCUAAAAAUGUCUGUUUUUUUUCAGUCCAAACACCGAGGAUAUUCAGAUAACUACCGAACAGAGAAAUGCAGGUUAUCCAAUUCUGCCUGAAUCUUUUUAUUUUAUUUAUCAAUGAUCAAAAUAGUUUUCUGUUGAUCGAGUAAUUGAUUAGUCGGUUAUUCGUUGCAACUCUACAAUGGAUCUGCAGCAGAUAAAAGGGUUCUUUGUUUACAAAUGUUUAAAUAAGAACAAUAAACAAUGUGUAUGUAUUCAACCCGA